UCACUUUUCAUCAUGUCUUCAUUUUCACAAUGUUUCUUUUUCUAUCUUUGAUUUUUGGGACUUCCUCCUCACUUUAUAUAUUCUUCUCUGUCCCAUUUAUUUCUGUUUCCUUCAUGUGCUGCUCUAUUUAUUAACAACUGUUCGUUAAUCUCAAACACGUGGGACCUUUUCUAGUUUUUCAUUUGUCCUUAGGAUUAGGGUUAACCUCGUAAACUUGUCCAUCUCUAGAGCUGUAUUUUUAGUGGCUUACACUUUAUUCUCAUGUAAAUCAGACCUGAGUGUCGUGUAGUACAUGUGUGUGAGAGACAUACAGUAUCAUCCCUCCUAUAAUCUCUUUAUCCCUGUCAGGGUGACAGAGGAGACUCUUCUACUGGACGUCCGAACCCUCCAGUCCUUCACUCAUCCCAUCCCUCCGAUUUUCUCUCCUUUUCUCUUCAGAUUCCAGACUAUAGAGGAUAUAAAGGCUUUAUGAGUGUGUGUCUGUGUGUGGGGAGGGUCUCUCCUCAGUUUCCACAGUGAUGAGUUUGGCUGAAAGUUGGUGGAUCUAGGCCACAUAACCGAGGCUGACGGAUAAUCUGCUGACAGCUGGCCAGAAGGCCAAUAUCUUCAUGGCUAAAGUAGCUCCACUAACUCCCCCCACCAUCGUCCUACAAGACAUGGAGGAGGAGCCAGGUGAAAUCAAAGAAGGCGGCAGAGACACUCAUGGAUCAGGACCAGGGGUUUUGUUCAACGUCAAUAACAGCAACAACAAUGAGGAAGAGGAGGAAAAGAAGAAAAAGAAGAAAGAGAAGAAAGAGAAAAAAGAGAAAAAAGAAAAGAGGCAGAAAGAGAAAAAACAGAAGGAGAAAGAGGAAAAGGAGAAAGAAAAAGAGAAAGAGAAGGAAAAGGAGAAGGAGAAGAAGGCCAAGGAAGAGGCUCCAAAGGAGAUAUCUGUGGUUGAUCCGGCUGGUAACACUUACUACCACUGGCUGGCCAUUAUCACGAUGCCCGUCAUGUACAACUGGACCCUGAUCAUAGCCAGGGCGUGUUUUGAGGAAUUGCAAUCUGACUACCUUGUCUACUGGUUCCUCCUGGACUUUCUUGCUGACUGCGUCUACCUUGCUGACAUGGUUUUCAGAACCAGGACCGGUUACCUGGAGCAGGGUUUGCUGGUGAAGGAUGAGAAAAAGCUACGUGAGCGUUAUGUCAAAAGCUUCCAGUUCAAGCUGGACCUGAUCUCUAUGAUCCCCACUGAUUUUCUGUACCUCAUCUUCGGCCUUACCUACCCCGAGAUCCGACUCAACAAGCUCUUCAGGUUCAAUAGGAUGCUGGAGUUCUUCCAGCGGACGGAGACCCGGACCAACUACCCCAACGUUCUUCGAAUCUCCAACCUCGUCAUGUACAUUGUCAUCAUCAUCCACUGGAACGCCUGCCUCUACUACUCCUUCUCCAAGGCCAUUGGUUUUGGUUCUGACAGGUUUGUGUAUCCCAACCCGGCUGAUCCAGAGUUUGGUCGUCUGGUGAGGAAGUACGCCUACAGUAUGUACUGGUCCACGCUGACCCUCACAACCAUUGGAGAAACACCGCCUCCUGUGGAGAACUCAGAGUACUUCUUUGUUGUUACUGACUUUCUGGUCGGUGUGUUGAUUUUCGCCACCAUUGUCGGUAACGUUGGCUCCAUGAUCACCAACAUGAACGCAGCCAGGGCUGACUUCCAGGCUCGCAUCGACGCCAUCAAACAGUACAUGAGCUUCAGAAAGGUAACGAAGGACCUGGAGAAGCGUGUGAUCAAGUGGUUUGACUUCCUGUGGACCAAUAAGAAAGCUGUGGACGAGAGGGAGGUGCUGAAAUACCUGCCUGACAAACUGAGAGCUGAGAUCGCCAUCAACGUCCACCUGGACACCCUGAAGAAGGUUCGUAUCUUUGCGGACUGCGAGGCUGGUCUGCUGGUGGAGCUGGUACUGAAGCUGCAGCCUCAGGUCUACAGUCCAGGAGACUACAUCUGUAAGAAGGGUGACAUUGGCAGAGAGAUGUACAUCAUCAAGGAGGGGAAACUUGCCGUGGUUGCAGAUGACGGUGUCACGCAGUUUGUCGUCCUCAGUGAUGGAAGCUACUUCGGCGAGAUCAGCAUCCUGGCUAUCAAAGGCAGUAAGGCAGGAAACAGGAGGACAGCUAACAUCAGAAGCAUCGGUUACUCCGACCUCUUCUGUCUUUCCAAAGACGACCUGAUGGAGGCGCUAACGGAGUAUCCUGAUGCUAAGGCCUUGCUGGAGGAGAAGGGACGACAGAUUCUGAUGAAGGAUGGGCUGCUGGACUUGGAGGUGGCAGCGCAGGGACCAGAUCCCAAGGAGAUUGAGGAGAAGGUGGACCGGAUGACGAGCAUGCUGGACGUCCUGCAGACCCGCUACGCCCGGCUUCUGGCCGAGCACGAAGCCACUCACAGCAAAAUCAAACACAGAGUCACCCGGCUGGAGAAGAAGCUAGUGCCCCCACCAUGAGCUGACCAGCCAGGUGAUGCUCCGCCCCCUCCAACACCUGAGCCAACCAAAGAACAGAAGAAGUAGAAGAGGAACAGGAAAGCGUUCACCGUCUACCCUUCGUGAUGGUAACAAACUGAAAGCACUGGAGCACGAAAGGGACGACGAGCUUCACAGAGAAGAGCCAGAGGAAAAUUGUACCCAUGCAUGUAGUAAUUUUUUUCAUGUUUAAGCUGGAAAACACUGUAAUUAUAACGUGUCAUGUGAGAAAUAAUGAGCAGUACAUCUUUUCUGUAUGUUACCGUGUUCACUUGAUAGGUUUUAUAUGCAGCAGAACCGCAACUUAGUUCUGUUUGACCACUGACUGUGUGAUGUUUGAGCUACGAUGGCCUACACCUUGUCAAUACUUGUGUAUAUAGAUAUCUGAUUUUUAUGGGUUAUUAUCACAAGUUAUGAAACAUCAUUUUGAAAAAAUCUCUGAAACUUGACCGGUUUCUGUUCAGACAGACUCUGCUGAGAUCAAUCAUAGAAUGAGCAUUAAUUUCUAGAGCUUGAAAACAGGUAGAGGUCAAAGAUCAGUCACUAAACUCACUGCUUGUACAUCCAUCAUCUCAUUCAUGUGUGCUAAGGCUGAUGCUUUUAAAGAUACUGAACAGGAAGUAUGAAUGUCCAUUCAGGAAGUGCUGCGCUAAAAUAAAGAUAUUUUAUAAGGA